AAACUGGGAUUGUUCUCACAGGAAUGAACGGUUCAGAAGCGAAACAACGACCAGCUGAUCACACAGCAUUCACCAGAGACACUAAAUGAAGAUGUUUUCCCAUAAUUGACUUCUAUACGUUUAAAUACUUUAUUCACACAGAAAACAAACAAACAAACAAACAAACAAAACUAACUGGAAAAGCAGAAUCACGACAAUUCAGUUCAGUUCAGGUGGCAGUAAAGCGUCAAUAGCCUGGCUCGCCGCGCAGUGAACGAACACACGAAGAAGAAGAAGGGGUCAGCGGUCAGAGGUGAAAGUUGACUUUAGCAAAAACAUGGUUGAACACGGGGAUAUCCGCGUGGUUCACCGAGGCGGCAGUAAAAUAAACUUCAGGGAACCUGUCAUAACCAAUGAUUCAAGGUUCCUGCUGUGCGCCUCGGGAGAGUGUGUGAAGGUGUUCAGCACCUCCACAGAGGAGUGUAUCCACGACCUGCGGGGACACACCGACCUGGUGACAGGUGUGCAGCUCAAGCCCUCCAACCAUCUGCAGGUCUACUCUUGCUCAGCAGAUGGCACUGUCAGACUCUGGGAUUUCACAGAUGGCAUCCUUAUUAAGACUUAUGUCAUCGGAUACCCAGUUUACUCCAUCUUCACAUCUGCAAACCAUGAAGGAAUCAUCUUUAUUGUUACUCCUGUGCUAUGUGACAAAAGAUCUGAGUUGUUCCAGCUGGUUGCGGUACAUCUGCCGCAGAGCGGAGAUCAGCUGGUGGAGACCCGAGAGCUUUCUGCUGUACUUAGUGACGUGGGCUCCAACCCAGCGGCCAUUGCCUUCGGUAGAGGGGGGGAAUAUAUUGCUGCAGCUAAAAGUCAACAGCUCGAGGUCUACUUCUUCAAGAAGCAGAAGUCAUACAGAUUCUUCCUCAAAGAAGAUAACAAGAAAGGACGGAAGAACACGUUCACAUGCGUUGCCUGCCACCCAAAAGAUGACUGCAUCGCCACCGGGCAUGAAGAUGGCAAGAUUCGUCUGUGGAGAAACUUCAACCACAAGAAGGAGUACACGUACUCCACUCUGCACUGGCACCACAGUGCUGUCAGCUCAGUGUGCUUCACUCCAGAAGGCACCAACCUGCUGAGCGGGGGCGUGGAGUCCGUGCUCGUCCAGUGGCGAUACAACCAAGAGAGCCAGAAGGACUUCCUGCCUCGCCUGGGUGCUGCCAUCACACACAUCACUGUCUCACCUGACGGAGCGCUGUUCUGUACCUCACACAGUGACAACAAGAUCACUAUCAUCCAGAGUUGUGUUAAAGUAUCAGCUGUCAUUCAGGGCCUGGUCAAAGGAGAAGGUGUGAGGACAGACCUGAUGGUGGACCCACGCAGCAAAGCCUUGGUGCUGAACGGCAAACCAGGCCACCUGCAGUUUUACUCCCUCCAAAGAGACAAACUGCUGUACAAUCUGGACAUCGUGCAGCAGGAGUACAUCCAUGAGUCGGGCCUGCAGCAGUUCGAGGUGGUCAGGGCGGCUUUUGAUGCCUCUGGAAACUGGCUGGCGACUGUGGAAGAAAGAAAACAGGACGUUGCUGAGUUGGAGCUUAAUUUGAAAUUCUGGGCAUUUGAUGAACAAACACAGAGUUUUGUGCUGAACACGACCAUCUCGGCCCCCCACGAGGCCCGGAUUACAGCCAUGUGCUUUUGCCAUGCCGCCGACAGCCAGACCUCCAUGCUGGUUUCCACCAGCCGGGAUGGACACUUCAAAGCCUGGCAGCUGGCCCCACCAGCCCACACAGAGGAUGAAGGUCCUUCCUGGUCGUGCGAUUUCGUCGGAGCCUAUCACAGGCUGGUGCCUGAAUGCUGCUGUUUCUCCGCCGAUGGUUCUCUGCUGGCUGUCAGCUUUCAGGAGGUGGUGACAGUGUGGAGCCCGUCCUCCUGGGAGCUCCUGACAACUCUGUCCCAGCCGCCAGGAGCCGUCAGGGAUCUUUGUUUUGGGCGACUAAGCUGUUCCAAGUAUCUGCUGGGAACCAACAUGAACAACCUGCUCCUCUGCUGGAACCUCCUCACCUGCUCCUUGGAGUGGAGCACCUCCAUGGACACCAGCCUGCUGCUGGCUGACCCCCUCUCUGAGAACAUGGCGGCCUUCUGCUGUCAGUCUGGAUGCACCGACUUGUUUGUGUUUAAGCCCAAUGAGCCUCGGCCGCUGUUUUCCCAUAAGGCUGUGUGUUCGGGGAAGGUGACUCGUGCUGUCUUUGCCCCGAGGGAGGAGAUGCUGGAGAGCUGUGAGGAGAGCAGCCAAUGGCUCAACUGCUCCCAGCUCUUCUUCCUCACUCAGUACACGGACCUCCUGACGUUCACCACCAAGGCAGAGGAGGACAGACUGAUGGCUUCCAGCAAACAGCUUGUGAUCGAUGACAGUGUUGCCAUGACACCGUUCUACCUGUUGCUGGGGAAACACAGACAGCAGCAGGACACUCAAGACACACUGAGCAGCCUGUCUGCUGAGAGGACACCUCUACCACAGGGAUCUGUUGCUAUUAAGGAGCUUCUGCAGACCCCAGCCCACGUCCUGCCCUCUACCUCUUUCCUGUGCUCCAUGUUUGUACAGUCUCUGCUCAUCUCGGUCACAGACUCCAGGGAGGAAAGCAAAUAUGCUGAAGAGGAAAUGCAGAGCGAGAAAGAGGAAGAGGAUUCGGAGGGGGAAAUGGAAUCCAGGACCUCGAGACUAGAGGAGACAUCACUGGGAGCAACAGAGACUGCAGCCCCCCCUCUGACAAAAGCCCAGGUUAGGGAACUGAGGAGGGUGAAGAAACUUGACCACAGUUGGCUUGCAGGUCUCCUGGACUCUUGAACAUGACCAUGUACAAAAACACACUCACCCAGAUACAGUGCCUAUAAAAAGUUUUCACCACGUCAGUAGAUUUUGUUUUUUUUGGUUAAUGUUAAGUAUUUUAUGUCACAAUUUAAUCAUAAUGGAUUUCUUUUGGAAAGAAAAACCAAUGUUGGAGUUCUGAAAUAUUUCACUGUGUAAGUAUUUGACCCCUUGGGAGCAGUUACAGGCUCAAAUCAAUGUGGAACAGUUUUCCACUUUGUAACAAUAAAAAAAGAAAUCCCCCCUCGUUUUCUAUGUCAAAGUGCUGAGGCUCUGUUGCACAACAGUUGUGUGUGAAGAACUUUGCUGUGUUGUCGGAUACCUCCACCAGACUGGCUACAGGACGUUGUGUAUUUUUGCUGAUGGACAGUCUCAUUCCAGUCUUCCACAUGUUUGCUGGCAAAAGUUAGCUGAGGAUAUUGUGUUGUUUCAGUGUUCUCAGGCAAAGGAGAAGCUGUUGUGCAUCGAGUCUAUUUGGUGGGAAACUAAGGUGCAACUUGUGCAGCUGGAACAUGAUUGGUUAAUGUUACAGUACAAUGAAGAAUUGUCUCCUUACAUAUCCUUACAUAAAAGCAAAUCUGCAGCUGAAAGUUAAAACGUGAAGAAAUCUGAGGGCGUGGUGACAACUUUUUACACACACUGUAUCCAUGUACAUGUAUUUGCAUUUACACAUUUUUCUAGACUUUGAGAUUUAAUAAAAAGCUGUAACCCUUUCUUUAA